AUGAAUCCCCAAGCAUUUCCAGAAGCUAAAGGUGUAAAUAUAAAAGCAACCGCAAUCUCUAUUAUUUCAUUAGUAAUUUCUGAAAAAUAUAAAAAAAAAUCAUUAAGUAUAUUUAUAGAUAUCAGUACUCUACAAUUGGAUAUUUUAAAAGCUGAAGAGAUUGAUAGUAAGUCCAAUAAAUCAGAGUUAUUAAAAGAAGAUCAUCUGCAGUGGAUUUUACCAGUUUUUCAACUAAAGUACACUAAUGACUCAUCUAGUCUGUAUCAAUAUGUCUACAAAUGUCAGGGAAUAUUAGUCAAACCUGAUACGGCUCUUACCGCCCGACUUUGUAUUAAAAAUACAGAAUCAUACGCAGUUGGAAUUUUCCAUGGAACCUCAAGUACAGAUGGAUUUAAUACAUCUUUACAUCAUAUUCGAAAAAGUUUAUUAGAUUAUGAUAGCACUUUCUACGAAGCAGGAGCCUUUGUUCGUAGUAUACAUGGCGUUAAAUCUUCAGGCAAAAUAACUAUACCAGGUGUGAGUAUUUUGUUCCUCGAAUCACCAAUUAAUAAUAUCAAUCCCAUCGCAAUAAAUAAUUCACCAUCAAUUAAUGAUAUUUAUAAAAAUAUAAACAAAUGCAAGUGCUUACGCAUUUCAAUUACAAACGAUUCAAAUCCUCAUUCAUGUUUUUCGUAUUUUGAUGAACGAGUAAUUCCUUAUUUUGAAUUUAUCAAUCGUUGGCUAGAUGCUCACUCUGUUUUUAGUGUAGAUGAAAAUUUGAUGAAUAUUUUUAUACAGCGUGAUCUAAAUGUCUUUGCUACAGUAAAAAAUUCGUCAUUGGCAACUGAGAGCCUGCUUGGGAGUCCACUAAUUUGUAAAAAUGAUGAAAAUGAAUAUGUAUUAGCAGGAUUACUGAUAAAUACUUAUUACGAUAAAAUGUUUUUAUACGCAAAUCUAGCGCAAGACUUCUCGUGGCUAAACGAGAAAUUGAACAAUGGUAUUGGUUCUAUGAUACAUUCCGAGUUAAAUACUCACUCCAUUAAAUUUCGAUUUUAAUUAUGAUGACUUUUUUUCCCUAAAUAAUUAAGAUUUUGACUUAAGAGACUAAAUUAAUAGUAAUGACACAAAAAUGUAAAAUUUAAUAAUAAUCAGCCGCAUUAAAAAAAAUUGGUUUAAAAAUUGUUCGUAGUUUAAAAUUAUCAAUUAUUAAGUUUUUUGAAACUUUGGUAAUUUUGAAAAUUAAGAAAUCGUUGAUUUGUGUUCUGUGAUUACAUGUUUAAAAUCUAAAAUUAACUGCAUGGUUGAAAUUUAUAUGACUAUUCAAAAAAAUGUCACAACAAGAAAGUCGAAACUUCUUCAAAUAUUCCUUUUCAAAUGAAUUUUUCUUGUACAAAA